CGCACGGUUUGGAAACACACGUCGCCCCCGUCUACUUGUUUGGUGCCUAGCGAGAGCACUACCAUGGAGUGUUAUGCUUCUCAGACGACGCGCCUCUUUGCAAAGCGCGUCAGACCUGCCUCGACGCGUUCGCGCUGAGGUAGCGGCAAACAGCGUACAUAUAGCUGGAAAACAUCGUGUAUUGAGUACUGUUGUUAGCUUUUCUACUCCCUCUGCCUUACUAUUGGCACGAGCCAUGCAUACUUCCUCUCCUCGUCCUCCGCCUGCGAAAUCCCCCACCGCGGACUACAAGUGGAAGCGUGGGCGCCCUGUUACUGCACGAAGCAGUUCUGCCGGUCAGACAAACCGGGGCUUGAGUUUGUGCAUGCCAGUGCUACCAGAACAGCUCGUCGUAAUGAAUUCCGCGACGCUAUGGGGAGGGCAGACGCGGCAGACAUCUACUACACGACAUGUCGAAUCUCCCCGAGGUGAGGAUGUCGCAUCGUCUACAAUUGACGCAGUCAAGCAAAUGCACUUGUGGGAUCCGUCCAAGCCUUUACGCUUCGCACCGACAGAAUACUCGGAAGGCUCUGAUUCUAUGGCCAACGAUAACAAUGAUAUUGUGCCCAAGCAAGAGAGCGACAUACAAUCGGUUGGAGAGGAUAUGACUGAGAUGCACGUUCCUCUUGCCUACCAGAUUCCCGAAGACACACUACGGACUACCAUGCUGGCUUCUCCAAAUACCCGCGCCAGCUACUGGAGUACAAAACUCUAUAAAGGGCCUCUGGGCGAAACAUUGCCUAUCCACUACUGCAGAUCCAUGGAGGUGGCAGAACGAGUUGCGCAGUACUUCUUGAAAGAGAAGGUCGUGGGUUUCGACAUCGAGUGGAAUCCGCGGGCUAGGGCGUCUUCGAUCAAACAAAACGCGUCAUUGAUCCAACUUGCCUGUGGGGAUCGAAUCGCGCUUUUCCAUAUCUCUCUUUUUCCAGGCAUAACUGCAAAACAACUGAUACCCCCAAGCUUGAGAGUGGUUCUGGAGUCACCAGAAAUUAUGAAGGUCGGAGUGGCUGUGAAAGGCGACUUCACGCGCCUGGAAAAGCAUCUUGAUAUUCAUGCUCAAGGCGUUUUUGAGCUAAGCCGCCUUCAUAACCUUGUGGAGUGGUAUGAAACCGAUCCGAGCAAGGUGUCGAACCGACUCGUGGGCCUGGCUGCACAAGUACUUCAACACCUCCAGCUACCAUUGUACAAGGGCGGGCAACUAGAUGAUGAGCCCGACAACACCUCCAGUGUGCGUGAAAGUGACUGGAGCCAACCCUUGGACUUGCAGCAAAUCCACUAUGCAGCGGCCGACGCGUACGCUGGGUUCCGCCUUUAUCAUGUACUCGAAUGGAAACGCAAACAACUGAGACCCAUUCCUUCGGCCAUCCAACUAUGCGACUAUGAUUCAAAACCUGCCCCCAGGUCCAAAGAGCCCCGAAAGAAAACGAAAAUAGUUAGCAAACCUAAAGGUACCACCGAAGCUGUAACUGGGCGAACAGUGGAGGUGGUAGAACCGGCACAGGAAGAAGGGGAAGAUGAGGAAGGAUAUGAGACGGCCCCGGAGGAGUUCAUGGAUAGUCAUCAGCUGGAAGAUCCCGCGCCAAAGCCGUUAACUAACACUUCCGGAGAGGCUGUUGACAUCGCAAGUGAUGCUGCACCAACCCCGGAGGGAGGGCUGAAUGCCGAAACCGAGUACGAUGGCGAAACAGCUCAGACGUACAACCGUGUCGGUCGGGUGAAUCUCUCCCAGCUGCGAGGUCCUGAUCCGGCCUAUCCAGCUCUACCCCAAGAUGUCAUGGAGAAUGUCAGCAGACCAAGUUCCGUCCAAUCCUUUUAUCACUUCUCUACUGCUCCCGCCGAUAGUUCGAUAGAAGAGGAGUUACAUAGUACCCGGCCGCCUGAAUCAGAGGUGGACGCAGAGGAUGACGAGUUCGCAGAUCCAGAGCUCGAAGAGGCACUCAAGGCCUUGGUUCUCAGCGAUGAUGGGAAGCUAACAAACGAUACUGUCGAGGCCAUCUUGGAGAUGACGACGGAAAGAGAUGCACAAAUGGCUCAUACUAUUCCUUCGACUAAGGUUGACAAGGCAAUUCCGACAGGCGUCAAGAACCAUGGUAAAACAGAGUUCAUUGAGCUAUCAGAUUUCAAUCCAGUCAGCUUGGAGACAAAAGAUGCAGACACAGCAACGACGCCUACAUUCAAGCCUCUCGUGGCUCUUUCCGAUGAAGUUUCUCGUACACCCGAGUAUCAUCUCGCGACAACAUGGGCGCAAAACUACCUUACAUCCACCAUUCCUUCGCCCACGUCCACGGUCCCCUCGCGCAUCCGCGCAACAGUGCCACACCUCCGUGCUUACCACUUAUGGCACCAUCAAAAGCUAUCGCUAGACGAGAUUGGCAAACAUUUACGAGACCCUCCGCUGUCGCACAGCACUGUGACUAGCUACAUUCUGCAAGCGAUAAGUUUGGAGAGGCUGAAGUAUGAGAAGGAGGCAUUGAAGGAUGUGAUGAUGGCGAUGCCGUCUGGUUUGAGGAAAGGACGGUGGAAGUGGUUAGCACAGACAGUUGGCGCCCUAGGUUGAAUGUGCAAGAUCUGUGGACGAUGGGGAUGUGUUUACGGUGUGAGGCUAGGGGGUGUAUACAGUGUGUCAUAGGCAAUGCGAUGAAGCAGGGUUUAAAAGGGAUAUGGUCUCAUAUCUCAUCCCACUCUAUAAGAAAUAUUAAUGUUCCCUUGUGAUGCUGCC